ACAAACGUUAUAUACAAUAAAUCCAAUGAGUAUAUAAGGAAAAGUUGCUGUCAGCGAGUUGAAAAAUAUCGAAAAUAUAAACGGGCAAGAUUCCAAUGGACAAACUAGAUUGUAAAUGUUUGUUGAUCAACUAUAUUGUUCCGCAAAUUAUUAUAUUCCAAUAGUAUCGUAGACAUAAUAUUAUGUACUAGCGGUAUUUGUUGCCAGAAUUUGACGAAGCAAGUUCUUAACACGGUUUCUGGUUUGCAAUAAAUGCCGACGAAAAAAUUCUGUAAACUAUAGAAAACAAAUUACAAAAUUAACGAAAUAGCUCUCAUUUAUAGAUGAGUCAAAACCUAGAGGAGAGUCCAUUGUCGGACAAUAAAAUGGAUAUAUCUGAGACGACGAUUUCCCAAGAUUCUCCUCCCGGUUAUUCACCCGACGUCGAAGAAAGCAAUAGUCAGAAAAACGUGACCGUUCAUGACGGCAAUGAAUGUGUUGCAGCCGAGGCUAAGACUUGUAACUAUCAACAGCAAGAUUUGCUGAAUAGUUGUCCUGAUAAUCGUAACGGAGACCUAUUACGGGAAGACAUGCUUGGCAUAAAGAGCGAGAAUCGAGCUUCUGGAAGCAGAGGCCUAACACCAGUAAGCAAUCAUCCACUAAUGCUGAUGUCUCCAACCGGUAGCGAAUCCGAUGCUUCCGAGCUCACAUAUUUGAACAGGGAUCAUGAGAAGACUCGACAUUAUUACCAGUUUCCGGAUGUUGUUCCAGCCAGUGAGCAGCCUCCGUUACGUCUAGCUAAUCCGCCCUCGAGUAGAAAGAUUUUGACAACUGUUAGUACUUCUACCGUUACAAGUACAGCUAGAACAACAAAAACUACAUCAACACUUGAUGUGAUAAACAAUAUCGAUAAUGCUAAUAACGUACUUAAAAGCGCUAUCGUACGUGAUGGAAGUCCGGAUUUCUUGAGUAGCGGUUCGGAGCAGGAUCUGUCGCAGUUCCAGGCCUCGGUGACGCCUGCAUUUCAAUCGGUAGCUCUGGUGCAAUCGCAAUCGGGCCAACAACUGCAUCAUCACAAUUGUAUCUCGCCGAAAUUUCACCACCGACGCAAGAUAUCGUUAUCGGCCGAUUUGCUGGUUGAUGAUAUGAGCUCGUUUGAAGAGACCGUGUCUAAUCACAGCGUUGAUGAUCUACAGCAGAACUUGGUCUCGCUCAGUCCGUCGUCCUCGAUACUGGACGACAAUGGCUUCAAUGUGGACAUUGACGAAGAUUUUUCGGAUGUGCUUGGUUCAUCGAGAAAUAGUGCAAAUGGUGGAGGUAUUUCUUUGCCACAGUAUUCUGCUAGGGAUGAAGCUCGUGACAUCCGCAACUGGCAGAAGAUCACGCUGCCCGAUGGGAAAACGCGAGAAAUAGAUAUGAAAGUGAUCGAACCGUAUAAGUGUGUGUUGUCCCAUGGUGGAUAUCUGCACUCCGGAGGACAUAACGCGAUUGUUGUGUUUAGUGCGUGUCAUCUGCCCGAUCGUUCCAGGGCCGAUUAUCAUUAUGUGAUGAACAAUUUAUUUCUUUAUGUAGUGAAAACCCUAGAACAGUUAGUUACUGAGGACUAUGUAUUAAUUUAUUUACACGGGGCUUCAGGCAGAGGCAACGUUCCUCCGUUUCCUUGGCUUAAAAAGUGUUACCAACUGUUGGAUAGGCGACUUAGGAAAAGUUUGAAGAGUCUCUACAUGGUGCACCCCACCUUUUGGCUGAAGUCGAUCGUCUGUGUGGCUAGACCGUUUAUAAGCUCAAAAUUUUGGCGCAAGCUCGUGUACGUAAAAACACUGGAUGAUCUGUACCAGCUUGUGCCCGUCGAAAAAGCAGCCGUUCCUGAUAAAGUGAAGAAUUAUGACUGCCGGCAUUCCUAACUUAUAUCGCAACAGUGUAGCAGAACAACAAGAGAUCUCAGUCAUCAUGAUCCUCGCCGUAAUCAUCUUCAUCUUUGUCAUCUUAUAGAAAGCAGCUGCUGUGGCGGUAUCAGCUGACAAACACCGGCUGUAAGGUAGGAUUUUCAAUUUAGUUUAUGCUGCAUUUCCGCCUACAAGCUACCAUAUCGACCUAGUCAGAAAUGUUCGUCGUACGUGUUAUAUAAGUUAGUAGUUUCGGUAUUGUAGGUAAGCAUAGAAUAUGAUAUACAGCAAAUGAUAAGCAAUGAUUUCAUCGAGAGCUCCGCGUAGAAUUACAGAAUACAUUCGAAUUUAUUUUGUAAGAACGAGAUUAUUAGAUUAUCAGAUUACUUACUGUUGGUUCAAACAAUUGCUUCGAGAAACCAAAUUUCGAAUGAACAGCGAUAGAGUAAUACGUAUCCAAAGCAAAUUUACAAGCUGCAAGGUCAUGAUCUUGUAAUUUGAAAUAAUUUCGCUGUUCAAAAUCUGAGUGAAAUUUCUUUCUGUAACAGUAUGGUUUUCAUGUGUAUUAAAUAAAAGUCAACCACUCAUGCAUAUCGAAUAGUCUAUGCAAGACUCAUUUAUUCAUUCGCUUUUCUGUUCCU